AUGGCGCGUCCCCAGAACUCCCCCAUCCUAGCCCAGCUGCGAAGCGCAAAGACGUAUCCCGAGCAGGCCGCCGCCUUGCAGGUACUCAAGAAUGAAGUUGUCGGCCACAUCCAGAAGAAGGAGGCCUGGAUCAGCCUCGGCGUCCUCGAACCCAUUGUCCUGACUCUCUGCUCCUCCCGUUCGCCGUCCAAGCCGAAUGGAAAGGAUGCUCGCACCCAGCUCGCCUGGCGUCCUCUUGCCGACGAGGACAGCGUCAGGCAGCAGGCUCUGCAGCUGAUUGCAAGCUUUGCCAGCGGAGGACCGGCUUUCCUUGCGCCGCUUCACGCCGCCCGGGCUGUACCCGCACUGCUCGGCAGCAACUUCUCGCCGCUCUCGAACCCGCCUCAGAUCGUCGUGGCUGCGCUCAAAGCCUUGACCGACAUCGCAGACGCCGCCGCGCUGGCCACCCUCUCGUCGUGCAUCGACAUCCAGCUCCUCGCCGACAGCCUCUUCGUACCCCACCACAUAGAAUCCCUCAAUGUGAUGCUCUCCAUCACCUCGACCAAGCACCUCCUGCAGUCGCAAGUGAUGCUAGCAGCUGGCCUGAUAUGCCGUUUGUGUCGAGAAGAGCGCCAUCAGCAUGCGCUAGCUGCCGGCGGCGUCCUCGACUCUCUUGCCACGCAGCUCGCCCGCUUCGCUGUGCGUGACGGCCUGGUCGUGCCUGGCGCCGAGGAGCUGGCCUACAGCGAUGGUCUCUACGAGGUGUUUCCCGAGCCUGCCUGCGCCGGUGCCAAAAUUGGCCCUAUUCUCGAGGCCAUCGCCGCCAUCCUUGGCGACUCCAAAUAUCGCGCGAACCGACUGGCCAACUCGCCGACCCUCCUAGCUAUAUUCCCCUCCGUCAAGUUCGAUUUGCACAAGGGGCCGCAGAGCCAGCCGCACGCCAUGACCGCCAUGGAAUUCAUUCUCCCUGCCAUGCCUAUCAACCUCUCGCGAAGCCAUUCAGCAGCCCACUCGUCCCUGCCCACGCCCGAUAGGGUCGAAUCCCGGACUUCGAGCCGAACGUCUCUGAGCAAAUUCGAAAGUCCGCUCAUCCCCUGGCUCAUCCACCUGGUGCGGACACUGGGCGAAUACGAUCGCCUGAUGGCGGUGGCUGUUCUCGCAGCCCUGUUCAAGGCAGGCUUGGGACGGAAAUCCGUCAGGGAGACGAGCAUUGGCCUGCUUGUGGUUCCCAUUCUCAUCGGCAUGGUGGGUAAGAACGACAAGGAUGCCCCAGACUCAGAGGGCCCGGCCCUUGCAACGCAGCGAUUCAUUCUCGAGAAAGCCCCGGCUGUCUUGGCACGGUUGAUCACGGACAGCGAAUACCUCCAGAAAUCGGCAUACGAUUGCGACGCUGUCAAGAUCCUGACCAAACUACUGAAGCGCGCCUACCAGCCUGUGCCGUCGUUCGACCAGCCCAAGUAUUGGUCGCCACAGCCCGACACGACAGUGGAUGCCGGGAGCACCUCGGCAUCGGCGCAGCUCGGCGGGAGGGGCCAGAACCCCGUGCUCGCUCACCGCAUCAAGCUCCGAGAAGCUUCGCUCAAAGCGAUUGGCGCCUUAUCCGCGGGCAAAGAGGACUACAGGAAGGCGCUGGUGGCCGAGGACUUGGUCCCUUACGUCGUCGAGUCGCUGCCCGGCGGCGAACCUGCCCGGAAGGGCCCCUCGCCCGCGUACGGCACCAAUCCUGUGUCCGUCAUCAUUGCCGGCUGCCACGUGGUCAGAAUGCUGGCUCGCUCGGUGAGCAUCUUGCGCACUUCCAUGGUUGACUACGCCGUUUCCCUGCCGGUACUCCACUUCAUGACCCACCGCGAUGUCAACGUCCAAAUUGCCGCUACGGCCACCGUCAUCAACCUGGUCGUGGAAGUCAGUCCCGUGCGAGAGUUCUUAACCGAAAAGGGCGUGAUGAGGGUCCUCUGCGAGCACGCGCACUCCGACAACCCGGCGCUCCGUCUCAACGCGCUGUGGGCGCUCAAGCACUUUGUCGAUGCGGUCGGACCGGAGCUCAAGAAAGCCAGCCUCCACCAGCUGGAGCCGGGUUGGCUGGUGCAGCUAAUAUGUGACGACAGCCAAAACACGGCGUUCCACGACUCGAGAUUCAAGGACACAGCCGACGACGACCUAGACGAGGACAUGGACAUGCAGCCUUCAGAUCAGCCUUUCCGGUGGUUGUACGGCAGCAACGGGUCAAUACGCGAACUGGAUGCCUCGCGGUCGUCGCGGCUGCGUCAGGCCGAGGACAGGCUGUUUGCCAUCCGCGAGACGGAGCUCAACCCGGUGCGGCGGGCUCGCAACGACGACAUUGCCAUCCAGGAGCAGGGCCUCGACUUCAUCAGGAAUCUCAUUGGGCGGCCGGAGUCAGGAGCCUCGUCGGAGACGCCCAGUGAGACUACGGAGAUGAUAGACUUUUUACUCCGCGAGCUCGGAGAAGACCGCCUGUUUGAGAUUAUGGAAGCCAAGCUGCGUACCAAGCCACUGCAUCCAUUUUCGCGACGGACAUCGGCGCCCGGCCGGGAGCCGCUGCGGGUCCUCCACCCGCAGGCGAGAAUCAUCGUGGCCGUCAUCUACAUCCUCGUCCACAUGGCCGCGAGCAUCCCGCGCCACCGACAGCUCGUCGUUUCCCAGACGGACCUCCUAAAGCUCCUGGCUCAACAGGCCGGCAGCAAGGACAGGGAAGUCCGGGUCGCGCUCUGCCACCUCGUCAUCAACCUGACGUGUCAGGAGGACGACGGCGAAGCGCAGCAGUGCGCCGCGCGGGCGUCGGAGCUCAAGCGGCUGGGCUUCCACACCAAGAUGGAGACGCUCAGGCACCAGGACCGUGACCUGGACGUCAGGGAGCGGGCCAAGACGGCGGCGUGGCAGAUUGAUCACGCGACGUAUUAG